AUGUCGCAAACAUCCUCCCCCUCAAUCAUCACCUCCUUCGUCCGCUGGCUCCGAUUGAAAAACUAUCAAUAUGAAGUCACCAUCUCCCUCUACAUGCUUACAGCCACAGAGAAAUUCGUCUUCAACACGCUCCUCCUCCUCAUAACCUCCAUGCUCCUCACAGCGGCUUACGUCUACCUCCCCGAUCACGUCACCACAAUCAGCAAGCGCAUCUGGUACUACUGGGCAGGCGAUGCCUUCACAGACUUCCCUUUCGUUGCCGUAUCCUCCGCCUCCGCUGCGGCCGCGGCAGCUGUGGCAGCAUCUGCCACCUCUGUCUCCGGCGCGGCCAGAACUGCCCUAUCCGCAAUGUAG